GAUUCCAGAGCUGGUACUAGUCAAAACCGUUCUUCUUUAAUCGAAGCAGCGACUGCGAUCGGAGAAGAAGAACUCGAGAGAGGCCAGGCCAUGGAAACUUUCCGAGCUCGUUCAAGCAUCGUUUGUAUUCUUCUGUUACUGUCACUGUGUCUUGUACCCUGUGUUCUUUCCAAAUCUCCUCGUCCCAUCUCCGAUGUGGAGAUCAGGCAGAAGAAGAGUGAAUGCUAUGCUGAUAUUGAGAGUGGGUUAUGGGGAUGGCGAUGCAAAUCUUCUCCAAUAGCAAAAGAGAAUUGUGCGCUGCGAUGCGUUUCUCCAGCUUGCUAUGAACUCAUUUAUGAGAGCGAUCCGCUUGAAGAAGGCGAGAAAGAUUUGGUUAGGAGCCAAGAAUACAAAUAUUGUUUGUACAAGUCAUCGCUCGGGGAAAGCCUAGAUGGUGUCCGCGGCAGCUUUUGAUUGAACCAAACAAAGAGCUUCUUCAAACUGCUCUCCUUCUCAAUCUAAACUUUGUUAUUCUUUGAUCUUUACCAAAAGCUAAGCUCUUGACCUUGAGAUCGAUAGUAUAUUUGCUUUUGUCACGUUUGGAGAUGUAUAGAGCUGUAUAAUACUUGGAUUCUUUCAAACGCCAAUUGUGUUUACUUUCCCAUGUGAAAUAUUAUGACUUCUGCGUAAACUUAUGCUUUUGUAACUUUUAGAAUGGAUUUUGAUUAAGCAAACUUGGC